AUGACCUUUCCGGGCGCCGACACCAUGAAGGGCGGCGCCAUUGGCGACGACAUCUUCCUGCCCAUCCUCGACUUGACGCUGAGUCUGCCUGGAGGGAGCCCUUCUAUUCCCGAUCGUACCGGUGAGGGCGUGAUGGCCCCGUCCGAGCUGUCUACGGAUUCAUCGUCUGGCAUGGUCAUCUUCAGGCUGUGGCGGCCGUUGCGCUUCGAUCGUACGGGUAUAUUGCUUUCAAACCGCUCAACCAUGGUUGGCAUAAAGCCUUUUUUUCUUUCUUUGCUCCUCCCCUCAAAUCCAAUUAAAGCUCUCUGUGUUCCGCCCCCCUUUUUUGUGACCCUUUUGUUGCUGUGCUUUGCUCGACGGAUUUACCGCGCGGAUGUUUUAUCUGAUGUUUCGGUUUCUUCUCAACGUCGCAUGUUAGCGCGGGGGAGCGUCAGGCAAGACAGAUGUAUUUCGGAGGCCGCGGCAGCUUUCUAUUUAUCUAGUUGUUCGUGUACGUUAGAUAUUCGCCGAAUUGUUCGUAUAUAA